UGCAUAUUCUAUUGUUUUGCCUUGGAUCAACUCAUAACUUAAACGCUUAAAUAAUCCUAUCAACGGUCUAACAUCACAUGGAACCGAUCAAGAUUUUUGAAUAAAGCAACACUGCCUUGUCCCUUCUGACAUCUCUCCAUUGUCUCCCCACUUGUUUUUGCUUGGAUUCCUCAAUGUCUAUAUAUGAACUAGAGCUUGUGAGUCUGUGACUCGUGUUGAUGUAACAGAAUUGUAGUGAUGGGAAAUUGUUCUCUUAAAGGGGUUGUGGAAGAUUGUCCUAACAACAUCAGGGUUUUAACAGAUUCUGGGGGUAUUGUAGAGUUCAAGGGUCCUAAGUUAGCCAAAGAUGUCCUUCGUGAAUAUCCAGGUUACAGCAUUUUUAGGCAGGGUCAUGCUUCAUCUCCAUUGUCUACCCAUGAGUACCUACUUGGCGGCCAAUUUUACUGUCUUCUUCCACUUCAGAAUGAGCAGAAAUUAUGUGACACUAAAGUUAUUAGCCAAGCUCACGGCAUGGGGCUGGCCACAGAGAAGGUAGCUAUGGAGUGGAUUAAUGAGAUAGAGCCACCAAAGAUGUCAUCCAGUACAGCAGCAAUGGAUUAUGUAGACGACUUGGCAACCGGACCGGUGCUCAAGGUCCUGCCUGCGCUAGGGGAUGGGGUUUGGAGAGUGAAGUUGGUGAUCGGCACCAAGCAGUUGGAAGAGAUUUUGUCUGAACAAGUGAAUACCGAGGCCUUGAUUGAGAAAAUGAGAAUGGCAGCAAGCUCAGCGAGUCUGACGCCUCGGCGUAGCAAGAGUUCUUGGAAACCAGCGCUCUCUAAUGUAUUCAGGGUUCCACAUUAAUAAUUAGUCCGUCCUUUUCUUGUGCUAUCAAAGAGAGGAUUUGAGUGGUAGGAAUAUUAAUGAACGAAAUGCCUUAACUGUUUUAGUGGCAAAUUAAGCACUAUUACUCUGUUACAGAAACACUUUUCGCUUCGUCGUUUUUUCGGGUCUAAUGUCAGGAUGCUUGAAGAAUUGUCUUCAAGCGUCGUGUAGAUAUGCAACGAAGAGAGCUGCAAUGUAAGAGCAUAUGCCUAUGCUUGCACGGUUCGUUGUUUUGUUUCUUUUGAGUUUAUAGUGGUUUUGGUUUAGUUCUUACUCUUUCUGAUAACUUGUUUUGGUUGAGGUCUUGUAAGAAAAGGAAAAAAGACUUCUUGUUCAAAAGGCAUCUGUUAA